AUGUUUUUGAUGUCCCUGUUGGAGUUAGGUCUGGUCGCCCUCCACGCCGUCACAGGCUGGCUAAUAGCGGAACUCUCCAUUAUAGAUUGGGUAGAAGUUCCCGGUGACAUCGGGGACAAUACACGAGUCCUUUGUAGAAUAACCAAUACUUACCGUGAAAUUCGAUACAAGCUGGUCUUGGAUCACGGGUAUCGGAUAGAAUGGCGUGAGACGUGGGUUCACAGGAUUGGGACAUCUGGCUCGACCAAGUCUCUCUCCCCCGCUAAAAGAAGAGUAGGAGAAGUAACGGUGAAGAAAACAAUUGAGGG